AUGUCAUCAUCCGACGGAUAUUCGUACUCGCAAUCUUCAGGAGAUUCGUCACCAAAAACAGAACUCAAUAAUGAGCAGAUUCACGCUCUUCUCAACAAACUUUCAAGUGAUGAACAGAAAGAGUUGACGGAAAUGAUGAGAACUUGCACAACAGAGGUUACAAUGGCACGUGGGUUGCCAAUCACAGGAGUCGUUCUCGGAAGUUUCUACCUAGCCAGACAACGUCUCCCCGCUCAAUAUCAUUUCGGUCCGAAGGGAUGGCCAUUUUACGCAAUUAUGGGAGUGGCCUCCCUUACUGCUUCGAAUCUUAUGUUUAUGGGCACGUGUAGAGACAGGAUCAAACCAAGAAUUGAUCAGCUUUGGAAUAAGUAUAAUCUCGCUCAAUCGGCCACGAACUAUGAUGAAAUUCGUCGGCAAAAUCGAGGUGGAGCCGGAGAAACAUCUAUUUCAAGAAUGCAGACGAAUCAACGAGAACCAGUUCAUGCUCCUCAAAGAGCCGAGAAACCAAAUCCAUACGACUACACGUACUCAGUCCCCACUGAAGAAACAUCAUCUUAUGGCGAUUCAUUCACUUCUUACAAGCCAUUAAUUGGGGAGACCUCAGAAUUUCAACAAUCACCACGUGUCCGACGCCCGUCUCCGCCCAUUUCUUCGUCAUUUACCGAAGAAGAUUCUGGUUUUAUGUCUGGAACACCUUCUGGACAACCAUCUUCUUCGGAAAAGACGUCAGGGUACACUUUCCAGUAG